GCUCUAAAGGGCCCAUUUGCUUCAACAGCUUUUCGCAGGAGGAGGGAAUCAGUGUGCAUUCCAGGGCUACAUAUGUUUUUGCUGGGCACCGAGUUGCUGAUUUAACUGGGUGUGGAGAAACACCUUCAGCCUUCACAGAUUUUAGCUCAGAUUGAGCUGACCUAGCUUGAACCUUUUCCUCUGAUUUCUGCAAGGGGAGCAACAGAAAAGCUGAAAGCAUGACCAGGCUCCUCUGUGCCCCAACCUUGGGCCCUUGCAGCUAGGCAGGGCUCAUGCCAGCCCCAGGGAGGGCUUUACACCCCUCUGCAAGUAAAAGCUGGCUUUUCAUGGCCCUUACAAGUACCUUCCAGCUGCCAAGGUGUGCUCUAAGCAAGGACAUAUAGAAAUACCCACCUGAAUACACCAGAAUGUACAUGCCUCUUAACAUGGCACCUGGCAGCUGCUGCUCCACCUCCUGUGCAGCAUUUCAGAAAGGGGAAGGAACACAAAAAUAGCAACCCAAAAUGCAAAUCAGUACACUGCUGAGCAGUGUGGAUGUGGAAAACAAUCUGCUGUGAUUCAGGGCACAGAUCCAGUCAAAAUGCUGGAAUUUAACACAAGUCUGAGCCCAGUGCUGUGGGCUCAUGGCUCACAGCUGCAUUGGGCAGCACCUGAUCUCGAAGGAGCUGCCCUAACUGCGGGUGGGUGGACCUUGGGAGGGGACAACCAUCAGCUGGCCUACAGCAAGCACCAGGGUCUUGUCCUAGAGGCAUGGGACAGCUUAACAGGGUCAUGGUGACACAUUUUGGCCCUGCAGGUGGAACACUGGGGAAAAUGGUUUUCCUGGGAAGGAUGGAACAGACUUGUGAGAAUGUGUCAUUGAUGGGCUUGUGCUCAGUGCCUGUGGCUUGGCUGCAGGGAGCUUCAGCUCCCAUUUCUCCUGACUCCUGUGUUUUGGGGGGUAAAGGGGUGCAUCAGGCAGUGGCAAAGCCAUCCCUGCCACAGCAGAACUGGGAACUAAAAUUCCUGUGUGGGGCAUGGGAACCUAGAAGGUCGCCUGCCUGAGCCCAAUCUCAUUUCUCCCAGUGCCUCUGUGGGAAGAGUCACCCCAAAUGCUGAAAGGAGCUUCAGGGUGGGUGUUUCCAUGGUGAACACAUUAAUUUAUUAAGCAGAUGUGUAUGAGGGUAUUUCCUGCUCUCACAGAAGAUGAUGUCUUGUUAUUCCCAAGUUUCUGAACAGCAGCCACUUCCUUCUGGCACAGCUUUGGAGCCAGCAGAUACCACAGUUGGGAUAGGAGCUUUGGAGCUUUCUCUUUCCUGGACAUGUGCUAACAGAGCAGCCAGUCCCAGACUUUUCUAUGCCCAGUGCUCCCAAGGAGCCAGUUCGCACCAGUUCCAAGGUUUUUACAAUUGUGUAUAUGCAGUGAAAUCACUUUAUUGCCCAAUUUCCGGGAGUGGGGGUUUAGGAGCUGCAAGCAGCACCUGCCCAGGUAAUCCCUGGCCUUGUUUGUGGCACUGGCAGGCUGGAAGGCAGUGAUGCCACGCUUCAGGCAGGCUGUUUGCUUGCUCAGCGUUCCUGAUUGUACCUGAUCACACAUUUGGUGUCAGUGCUUUCCUAUUGGUGGUUUGCAGGCAGCCAGAGCAAAUAUUCCCAUUUUCCCCUGCUGUCAGGGCAUUGCUUCCCACGUGCUCUGGGGCUGAGUUUCUGGAUGAGAGAAGCAGGUCCUGCGGAAAGUCCAGAAAUUUUGGGGCAAUGCCUGGCCAGCCACAGGGACAAGAGAGGCAGGAGCCCCUGUGCCAGCACCCCUGCUCUCCCUGGCCAUGCAGGGGUGGUCAUUGCAGUGUUGGCUGUCCUUCACGCUAACACCACUCUUAAUGCCCUGAGCUGAGGGGCAGCCGGAGCCCAAAUCCCAGUGCUGGGGGUGGAGCAGUGCCAUGGGGGUAAGCCCAACCAUGCCAACGGUGAGCUGGUGUCGAGAGGAACAAUCUCAGGUUACAUGGCCUCAUACAGAAAUGAGUGGGUCUGCGGGAGCCUGAUAAGAUUUCCACUGUUGGUGGCCAGGGCAUAUUAAAGGGGAGUGUCGGGGCAGGCUGCUCAUCCCCGGCAGCCUCCCUGCAGCAUGGCAGUGCCGGGCGGCGAGGGGGACCUGCGGCGCCUGCUGAAGCUGCACCGCACCGAGAUUGCCAUGGCAGUGGAUGACAUCUUCCCUCUGCUGCACGGCUUGGCUGACCACGAUGUUGUCCCGGAGCACAUCUUCAAGGAGACGUUGAGCCGGACGGAGCGGGAGGGUUCCCACCGUGCCUUCCAUGCACUGCUCACCUGGCUGCUGGGCCAAGACGCUGCUGCUGUCCGGGACUUCUGGGAAGUGCUCUUCAAGGACUACAACCUGGAGCGCUACACACGGCUUCGGCCCCUCCGUGGUGCCUUCCCCAGAGAGGUGGAGCUGGGGCGCCAGCACCGUGGCAGGCGUCUCUCCCCCAGCCCCAUAGCACCGCACAGACCCCAAGGCAAGAGGAGAGCCCCUGAGGAGCGGGAUGGAGCCCGAGCCGUGCAGCUCUCCCCGCGGCACACCGCCAGCCCUGGGCCUCUGGUGAAGUUGAGGACUGUGAAGAAGCCAGAGGGUGUGGAUGCCCCUCGCGCCCCUCGUGGCGGUGCCCUUCAGGCAGCGGCCACCUCUGUGCAGAGAGCAGUGGCUGUGGCAAGCAGUGAGGUGCCUGUCACUCAAGGGGCCAUCGAGGGCAUCCUCAUCAAGCACACACUGGAACCAGGCAGCUCCAAGGUGGGCAGCAAAGCUGGGGACGAGCUGCAUGCUGCAGCCACCUGUGAGGAGCCGGGUGCCAGGAGCAGAAGCCGCAGCCUGAGGCCCCCUGCCCGGCCCAAGGCAUCCCAAAGUAGUGGGGAGCCCCAAAUGCACCCCCGGGACCAGCUGCUGACACCCACUGUGCACAGCCAGGACCCUGUGCCACACCAGGAGAACGAGGACGAGUGUGCGGUGUGCGGUGACGGUGGUGAGCUCAUCUGCUGCGAUGGCUGCCCCAGGGCCUUCCACCUCGCCUGCCUGGUACCCCCACUGCCCCGCGUCCCCAGUGGGACAUGGCAGUGUGGCUCCUGUGUGGCGACAGCGGCUGAGUCAAGCGGGCUGCAGGAGGCGAAUGCAGCUGUGGAGAGAGCCCUGGACACCCUGGGGGAGGAGGCAUGUGGACCCCAGGGCAACGGAGGUGAUGGCAGUGUCUGCAGCCGCUGCUUCACCCAGAUCCCUGCACCCCGACACUGCUCUGCACCCAGCAGGGACCCCAGGAGGCUGCUGCUAUGCCCGUCCUGCGUGACCACCCCAGACACAGGCAGGCUGGAGAGCACCACAGUGGCCAGCAACCACCCACUACAGGCAGCAAAGGCAGAGGAUGGCUCCCUCGGCAGUGACCCUGUGCCGAGCAGGGAUGAGCUUGACGCCCUCCUGGGUGAGGGCGCCUGGGACGGGAUCCUGCAGUGGGCAUUCCAGAGCAUGGCACGGCCCCUUGCAGACACCCAUGGGCUCUUCACCUAGUGCCUGCUGCCCUGAAGGCAGCUCCCACAGCACAGGCUGUGGAACGGCAUUGCUGCGGGAACUGUAGAAGCAUGAUGGCACCCCUGAAAACAGGUAACAGCAUCAGGCACUGCGACCAUUGAGCCAGUGCUCCAACCACGGAGACAAGUACAGAAAUGCGGGUACAGCUAACGACUCUAGGUAAAGUGUGGACAGGAUAAAUAAGCAUCAUGAUCAGAGAAUAUACAACAAGGGAAAUUUAUUUUAAAACUAUACAGAAUAUUUUAAGCUUAGGUGAAAAAAGCUCCAAAAGUACUUAAAAGACUGAACAGCAGAGAAAAACAAAACACCAUCAAAAAUUAAAUCCCACCUGUCCAUCAUCAGCACAAAACAAAGGCCAAUCAAAGAGCAAGAAGCCACAUAACCAAGGAAGAAUUCCCAUCGAAGUACACCAUGAUCUCUACCACCCCCUACAACAGCUGCAUGGGACCACCCCACAGACCUGCCCCUAUGCAACACCCUACAGAACUGGCUCCCACUAACAUCCAAAUCAAUACUCAUUGAUUUCUGAAAAAUCUAUUUUCCAAUAAUCUCCUGGUUCCAUUCCUGAUUUCAGUGUUCCCUUUUGAACCUUUUUCAUUACAACUGGAUGGUUUUUCAAACCUGUUCCAUGUUUUGUGGUUGUCAUU